AAUCGCCAUACAAUUUCUUCAUGUGAAUGCAAAGUACAAAAUGGCUGUAGCACUUGCGACGACGUUGUGUUCGUUGUCGUUCGUUGCCAGUUGUGUGUCCUACAACAACAUAUAAAACAAACAUACAAAUCAACAAACAAAAAAAAAAGUCCCCUAAAUACAAACUAAAUUAAAAUAAAGAACUCGUGAAAGAAUUUUCAAACACAAAAGAGGCGUUGGAUUAUAUUUUUUUGCUUCACACAUAGAGUCACGGUUUUAAUUCUUCACUCUAACUCCUAAAGCUGCUGAGGUCAUUAAAACCGCAAGCAAGUCCUCAAAACAAAAACAAACAAAAAAAAAACUGAACACAAACAAAAGAAUUUGCGCCAGUUUUUUCUGAAAUUUUACUUUAUUAAAAUUUAAAAAAAGGAAUUUAAAGAGACUGUUUAUAGAGAACAAAUACACUAAAGCAAAUAAACAAAACCUAAAGGAGAAAGAAAAGAAAGACUUGAAUUAAAAUAAAAACAAAAACAACAACAAAUAUAACUAGAAAAAUCUUAAAAUAUAGAAAAAGAAAUCCAACUAAUUUUCUUUUUCUGGGAAUGAAUAUCAAAACCAAACAUAAAUUUUAAUAUUUAUUGAUAAAAUAAAGAAGAAAAAUAUUAAAACUCAACAAAAAAACCUAAAUAAAAAGACAUAAAACUAAAUUUUUUUUACCAAAAUAAAAUUAGAAAAAAGAAACAAAUCAAAAACCUGCAAAAAUCAUAUAAAUUUCCUGGCUAAAACCUAAGUGGCUUCAAGAAAGCUCGUGCGAAAGAAAAAGCUGGUGUAAAGUGACCAGCUUUUUUACAAAUGUAUAUUAGCAAUAGCAGCAACAUUGGUAUGGCCACGUUGUUGCAAAAUAAUAAAAAUUGCAUGAAAACUUUGUCAAAUGGCACGAGUGUGGUGGGUGUGGGCGCGGCCGGAACAAACCACAUUAUUGUGGGCAAUGUUGUUAAUGCACAAACAGUAGGCCAGCAACAUCAUCAGACUAAUCACCAUCAAGUGGGCAUUGUAACAUCCACAAAUGUGCCAACACAAACAAUUGCCACCUCAACUCAGGGAGGGCUGGGCGGUUCAAAUACAUUAACCACGUUGGGCGGCAAUUUGGUGUUGCCGGCCCAAACCCAAACCAUACUGCUGACAAAUGGUGCAACUGGUGCCUCUACCAUACUCACCUAUCAACAGUACCAGCAGUUGUUGCAACAACAGCAGCAGCAACAGCAACAACGUCUAUUGGUUUCACAAAAUUUAGUUAACUUGCCCAUAGGCAAUUUAAUUAGUACCGGCAAUGGCGGUUUAACUGUGAUAACUGAUAGCUCUAACAAUCAUAAUGCCUCAUCCUCUUCAGGCGGCACCUCAACCACUCAAGGUACAUUUUUGGUGGCCACCUCCACUGCGGCUUCCACCGUUGCCUCAUCGUCCUCUGCAACGGCUUCAUUUCAACAACAGUUUCAACAGCAAUUGACGAAUAUGCAAAGUUCCCAAAAUGUUACCACCAAUGCAUCGUCUAGCUCUACCACCCACACCACCCCAUCGACCUCGUCGUAUUUGCAGCAAUCAGGCAGUCAACAGCAGCAUAGAUUGAUAACUACAACAGCAGUUGGUAAUGUUGGCAAUAAUAAUAAUAACAAUAGCAAUAAUACCACCACAAUAAGACACUUUUCACAAUUUUCUCAACAACAACCCGCCACUAUAAAUGUUCUUACCAACACUUCUGCCACAUCAAACAACAACAACAAUAACAAUCAACAGCAGCAACAACAGCAACGUACUACAACUGUUUUGAUAAACCGUAAUAACAAUACAAUAAUUGCUGGCAAUACAACACAGCGUCUGCAACAUGCCACCAUUUUAACAAAAUCUCCUGCGAAUCUAAUAAAAACAACACAGCCACAGCAGCACCAGGGCACAUUAAUGGUCAACAAUAUGGCAGUCCAACAGGUGAUAAAUAGCAGCAAUGGACAAAUAAUAAGUUUAGUUAAAACUACACAGCAACAACAGCAGCAGAUCAAUAAGAAUUUAACAACUAAAACUAUACAACAAACAACGACUGCCAACUUGCCUCAACAACAACAACAACAUAUACAAUUACAGAAACAACGUUAUGGUACUAGCAAUAUACAACAAAUUAAACAGCAACAGCUGAAAGUUGUUGCUGCUAAUAAUCACCAAACGAUACCACAACGUGCCACUAUUAUAAAUUCUAAUACAAUUACCAAAAAUCAUCUUUUAAGCAACAACAACAACAACAAUAAUACGGCAACUACUGCUAAAUUAGUAAAUUUAACAAAAUCAACAACUGCAACAUUAGUAGCAGCCAACACAGCCGCCAGCAAAAAUAUCUCAUUAAACAGCCUAACAACAUAUUCUCAAAAACAAGCUACUACACCACAACAACAGCACCAGCAACACCAGCAGCAACAACAAAUGAAUGGCCAUCAUUUUAAUCAAAAACUAGCAAAUCUACAACAACAACAACCCGCCUCAAAAUUAGUUCCUAAUGGACAUAACACCAUUAACCACAACAACCACAGCAACAACAAUACAAACAAUUAUUUAAACACCUCCUCAGCUUCCGUGGCUUCCUCUUCUAACACCAUCAUCAACAGCUCUUGUUCCACGUCCAACACUCCCACCAUUUACAAUAUACCAACCUCAUCAUCAUCCUUAACAGCUUUAACAAAUCCAAAUACUUCUUAUAUGCCUACAACUCUAACAAAUUCUCACCAUCAAUAUACUACUACGCCAACCUCAACUUUUAGUAACACUUUAACAUCUGCUGCUGCAACUACCACACAUAAUCAUCCUUCUAAUCCACCUACCACAGAAUCAAAAUACUAUUCGGCCGCCUCGACCACGGCAGCAGCUGCCACAACAACGAAUACUACUACAGCUAUCACAAGCAACACAACUAACACUACUGGUGGAUCAGCAGCAGCAGCAGUAGAAGCAGCCCCUGCUGUCGUCGAACAAGAACCUGAACCUGAAAUUGAUAUUGUCAUCAAUAAUGUAGUAUGUUCGUUUAGUGUUCGCUGUCACUUGAAUUUGCGUGAGAUAGCUUUGAAUGGUGCCAACGUUGAAUAUCGUCGUGAAAAUGGUAUGGUUACAAUGAAAUUACGUCGUCCAUAUACUACUGCUUCCAUAUGGUCGUCGGGUAGAAUAACUUGUACUGGUGCUACAUCAGAAGAGCAAGCAAAAAUUGCAGCUCGUCGUUAUGCUCGCUGUUUAGAAAAAUUAGGCUUUCGUACACGUUUUAAUAAUUUCCGUGUUGUAAACGUUUUGGGUACAUGCAGUAUGCCGUGGGCUAUAAAAAUUGUAAAUUUCUCCGAAAGGUACAGAGAAGAGGCCAGUUACGAACCUGAAUUGCAUCCUGGUGUAACAUACAAACUACGUUAUCCCAAGGCUACAUUGAAAAUUUUCUCCACCGGUAGUAUAACAGUCACCGCUGCCAGUGUUGCUCAUGUUCAAUGCGCCAUUGAACAUAUAUUCCCGCUCGUUUAUGAGUUCCGCAAGAAGCGCUCACCCGAGGAAUUGGAACAAUUGCGUCUUAAACAACUACAGAAUGCCACAUUCGAUGAUAUUGAAAUUGAUGUGGCUGGGUCUGGCAAAUCAGUGCAACGCGCUAGUGCUGCUGGUGCCGCUGCCGCUGGUGGUGCUGUCGUACCCACCGUAUCGACAUUACAACGUCGUCGUAUGUCGAAUACGAUUAACAGAUUCCCAAAUGCCAAACGAAAGCGUACUGAUGAUAUUACUGAAGAAUUUGAUGUUGAUGAUCCGGAGUCUAUUGUUGCUGGGGCUGUGGCUGCCGAUGACGAUGAUAUGGUCAUGUAUGAUCCCAACGAAUCAAUAAUAGAAGGUCCCGAUGAUGAUGAGGAUGAUUUAUAAGCAAAUAUAUAUAAAAUAUAUAUUGAUUGUGUAUAUGUGUAGAUAAAAUGCCCACUUGAAUUAGUUAGUGCGUGCUUAAGUUCAUUUCUUUCUCUAUAAGAAGCAUAUCUAAAGACCAAAAAUCAUUAUUAUUAUUAGUUAAUUAAUUAACGAAGAAACAAACAACUGAAGAAGAACUCUUUUAAAUCAAAUAUAAAAGAGUCCGUCAUCUAUUGAUAAUACCAAACAACAACAACAACAACAUUUUAAACAUCAUGAACAAUUACAACAACAUACAUAUAUUUUCAACAACAAACAAACAAACAAAGAAGGAAAGAAACAAAACAAAUCAACAAUCGACUUUUUAUUAUCUAGUGAAAUUUAGAGCCAAAAAUUUAAAUGCAAAUAUAAACUUAAUGUUAAGAUACUAUUAAAAACUGCUGCCAGUGUGUGCUUUUUUAUUUUCUCUUUUUUAAAUUAGAAAAUGAACACAAAUUAUUAUUAUUAUUUUAAUUUAAUUUAAAUGUAUAUUUUCCUUUUUGCUGUGUUGAGACACCACUUGACUUGACUGUCUGCAACAAAAUCUAAACAUUUUAAACAAAUAUGAAUUAAACAGAAAUAUUUAAUUUAGCAACAAGCCUAACAUAUAUAAUACAAAAACUAAAAUAUGUAUGUAUAAUUUACAAAAAAAUAAAACAAAAAAACUAUAUACUAGAAUAGACAUAUAAUUUUCAAAUUUGAAUUCAAACAGUUUAUUUGAAAGGAAACCACCGCCUUUUUAUUAAAAAAAGAAAAUCACUAAUAAUUUUUA